CUAACGCUUGUGUUUCUCGCGAAGUUAGCAUCAGAGAAGCAGGAAGUCGGUCUGUUGGCAUUCAAUCAUCUGCGCGGAAAGUUGGCUUUUCUUUUUUUCUCGUGUAAUUUCCACGUCGAGUCGCCCAAAAGCCAUCAAAGUGUCCGCGAUGCCACCCGGUGCACAACUGAGUCUCUGUGAUCGGUGUCAGUGAAUGCAGCACGGAUGUCCUGCACGCCGCAGCCAAACAUGGCCGCACCGAGCCAACUCCGACAUGAGAUGGGGGCCAGGGCGUCGUCCCUCCCGGGUCCGGGGCCAAGUCUCGGCAGUGCGUUUGGCCCCUCCCCCACCCUGGAGAGCAUCCAUAGGGCUUACGAGGAGGGCGAGGAGGAGGCGGCCCGGGACUUGAUCCAGCGAGCCUCUUGUGUGCAGUGCAGCGCAGGGGGGCCGUGUGUGGAGGGGGAGCGUCUGCUGUGUGUAGCAGCUCAGCAUGGCGAUGUGGACAGUGUGCGUUACCUCCUCGAGGAGGUUCAGGUCAGUGUUCCACCAGAACCGUCCAAGCAGAACCCGGCCAUGGUGGCGGCGUACUUCGGACACAGCAGUGUGGUGCAAGUUCUGCUGGAUUCAAUCCCAGGUGUUCGGAGCGAGCUUCUCAGCUGGAUGCUGGCCACCUCGUGUCAGCAGGCCCACCUGGACGUGGUCCGCUUGCUGGUCAACUGCUACGGCGCCGACACCAAAGACUGCGCCGUCCACAGCGAUGACUUUGCCGUCAUCAGCGGCUUGCCGCUCUACGCCGCCGCACAAGCAGGCAGCGAGGAGAUUGCGGACUUCCUGUUACAGAAUGGAGCCAGCUUCUCCUCGUACACGCUGAUGGACCAUCCCGCCUUCAGCACACGCCUCCUCAAACGCAGAGUGGUGGAGAGCAGCCAAGAUGGAGAACAGGCCCUCAGUGUGUGCUGGAGCGGACUACAGUUGCCCUGGCUAGAAGUGGACUGGUUUGUGGGCGUGUCCUCCCUCAUCACCGACUUGGACCUGUCCUCCAACAGCCUGGCAUCGUUGCCCUCCGUGCUUCCUUGGGGUCUGGUCCGCCUCCGGAACCUGGACCUGUCCAACAACCUCCUCACGGAGCUGCCGCCGGCCGCCGCCUCUCAGGAGGUCAUCUGUUCCAGGUUACAUCAGGUCAAUCUGUCCCAGAACCAGCUCAGCACUUUACCCAGCGGCCUGCUCCACCUGACCCACAUCCAGAGACUGUCUGCAGCCAAGAACCGGCUGGUGUCCUUGUUUGAUAUUCCCGACUCGACCAACUGGAUUGGACUCCGCAAGCUGGAGGAGCUAGACGUGUCCGACAACCGUCUGACCUCGCUGCCCGUCGCCGUCAUGCACGCGCUCAAAUCCCUGCUCUUCCUCAAUGUGUGUCGCAACAGGCUGAGCAGCUUUCCAGACCCCUGGUCCUGCCCCCUGAAACACUGCAAGGCCUCCUCCAACCAGAUUCAGAGUCUUCCAGACAACAUCUCCAUCUUCUGGAAAAGUCAUCUGCAGGAUGUGGACUUCUCUGACAACGGUCUCAAAGAGCUGCCCUCCUACAUCUUUGAGCUGGAGGCGCUGGUCUCGUUGAGAUUGUGCGGGAAUGUCAUCAGCACCCUUCCGGCACCUUCUAAGUGGACAUGCUCCCAGCUCAGGACACUUGACCUUUCCAGGAACCAACUGGGCAAAGGCGAAGAGGUGCCCAAAUCCAGAAGACUUUCCUUCCUGACCACAUGGAGCAGAAGAGAUCCAGAUCCAGCGUGUCCUAUCGAGUUCCCGGCUUUUCUUCGGGAUUCUCUGGAGGUUCUGUUCCUGAACGACAACCAGCUGGAGUGCGUCCCACAGUCUGUAUGUGGUCUGAGUGGCCUCAGCGAGCUCUACCUGUCCAAUAAUGGCGGCAUCCGUGAGCUUCCAAUAGAGCUGGGUCACCUGACUAACCUGUGGCAGCUGGACAUCGAGAACCUCAACAUCAGCAACGUGCCGCAGGAAGUGAGGCGAGAAGGUCCUGCCGCAGUUCUUGCGUUCCUGCGGGCGCACCUUCGUAAGGCGGAGCCUUGUCACCUCCUGAAGAUGCUCCUGAUUGGUCCGCCCAGACAGGGCAAGUCUGCCCUCCUGGAGGCGCUGCAGAUGGGAAAAGUGUCUGCCUUCACGCCGGCCGAGUGCAGCAUCUCCACCUCCACGUGGGAGCUGGACCAUCCCAACGGAGGCAAAAACAACAAGAAGCCUGUGGUGUUCAACGUGUGGGACGUGGGUGGUCCAGCCAGCAUGUCAGCUGUCACUCAGUGUUUCUUCACCGACAGCGCCCUCUACGUGCUCACAUGGAACCUCUCGCUGGGCGAGGAGGCCGUCGCUAGCCUGCAGACGUGGCUGCUCAACAUCGAGGCGCGAGCACCCAACUCGGUUGUGGUGGUCGUGGGAACACAUCUGGAUCUCAUCGACUCAAAGUUUCGCACAGAAAGGCUGGCGACACUCAGGGCUUACAUCUUGGCACUUUGCCGUUCCCCGUCGGGCGCUCGGGCCAGUGGGUACCCUGACAUCAGCUGUAAACAUCUGCAGUCAGUAAACAUCUUAGCAAUGGGGGGGUGUAUAGCGCAGGGAUUCCUCAGUGUGUGUGUGUGUGUGUGUGUGUGUGUGUGUGUGUGUGUGUGUGUGUGUGCGCGUGUGUGUGUGUGUGUGUGCGUGUGUGUUUGUGCGUGUGUGUGCGUGUGUGUGCGUGUGUGUGUGCGCCGCAGCGAGGUGUCAAGUAGGACACUAGAAGGUUUGGAUGGGCUGAAGAAGCUCAUUCACCAGGCAGCGCUCUGGAUGAAAGAUGGCAGCGCCUCAGCGUGCGGCAGGAAGCUGUUGGGAAGGCUGAUCCCUCGUAGCUACCUGACCCUGCGGGAAGCCGUCAUAGCGGAGAAAGGAAGACGCCACGCGGAGGGAGAAGUCCAGUUUCUCACUGAGGAGCAUCUGGACCGCUUCAUCCAACAAAACCCAGAAAGUGACAUCAGAGACUAUGAGGACCUGCAGUCUGCUCUCAACUUCCUCAUGGAGACGGGAACGCUGCUCCACUUCCCUGACACGAGCCACGGCCUGUGCACGCUCUACUUCCUGUGUCCCGUCUGGCUGUCCGAGUGCCUGCAGAGGAUCAUCCACCUCAAGUCCUCGCGCUGUGUCGCCAGGAACGGCGUGAUCCGAACCGAAGACCUCAGGAUGCUGCUGGUCGGGACUGGAUUCACUCAGCACACCGAGGAGCAGUACUUUCAAUUUUUGGCCAAGUUCGAGAUCGCUCUGCCCGUGGCCAACAACAGCUACCUGCUGCCCCACCUCCUGCCCCCCAAGCCCGCCAUGGACGUUCACUGCUUCCUGCCGCAGAGCACCAACAUGCUCCAGCGCCUCUUCAAGAUGAGCUUCGUCCCCGCCGGCUUCUGGGAGCGCUUCAUCGCCAGGAUGCUCAUCAGCCUCACCGAGAUGGACCGGCAGUCGUUUGAGCCCAAACGCAACACACGGACUCGCUGCAGCCGGACGUCCGUGAUCUACAGCUUUGGAGGGAGCCAUCAGAGGAACCGUUGCAGCACCUUCAGGGUCCGGCGCAGUCAGACCAUUUACUGGAGGGAGGGGCUGCUUGUCACCUUUGAUGGAGGCUACCUGAGCGUGGAGUCUUCAGAUGUCAACUGGAAGAAGAAGAAGAGCGGCGGCAUCAAGAUCAUCUGCCAGUCAGAGACCAGGGAUUUCUCGGCUAUGGCCUUCAUCACGGACCACGUCAACGCUCUCAUUGAGCAGUGGUUUCCGGCUCUGACGACCACCGAGAGCGACGGCAGCCUGGUCAUGGAGCAAUACGCCCCCUGCCCCUGGUGUGCUUCGUGGGUCCGACAGAACCAGACGGAGCUGCGGGAUGGCCAGCCGGGCCAGGAUGCAGACAGGGGCGGGGUUUACCUCUUCAACAUGGAGGACUGUGCGCUGGCUGCCGCGGAGGAGGAUCACAUCGUCUGUCCUCGACACCCGGAGCAGCCCGUGCCCCUCCAGGAGCUGGUACCAGAACUCUUCAUGACCGACUUCCCUGCACGGCUCUUUUUGGAGAAGAACCUCCUGGAAUACUCUGAGGACGAGGCCAGCAUCAUCGGGCAGGGUGGCAGCGGUACCAUCGUCUACCGGGCCCGGUACCGGGACCAGCCGGUGGCCAUCAAGCGCUUUCACUUCCGGAAGUGCCGACAGCAGACGGUCACCACAGACACCAUGAUGAAACACCUGCACUCAGCUGACGCAUGUCGCUGCUUCUCCGAGUUCCGGCAAGAGGCCGCCAUGCUGCACUCGCUGCAGCACCCGUGCGUGGUGUCGCUGGUGGGCGUGUCCAUCCACCCGCUGUGCUUCGCCUUGCAGCUGGCGCCGCUUGGCAGCCUCAACUCUGUUCUGGAGGAGCGCUGCCAAGGCUGCAGGUACGCACCCUUAGGUCACAUGAUCACCUUCAAGGUGGCCUACCAGAUAGCGGCUGGACUGGCUUACCUCCACAGGAAGAACAUCAUCUUCUGUGACCUCAAGUCUGACAACAUCCUGGUCUGGUCUCUUGAGGAAGAGCAUCCUGUCAAUGUCAAGCUGUCUGACUACGGAAUCUCGCGACAGUCCUUCCAUGAGGGGGCGCUGGGGGUGGAGGGCACGCCGGGCUACCAGGCCCCCGAGGUCCAACCUGGCGUCGUGUAUGACGAGAAGGUGGACAUGUUCUCAUACGGCAUGGUGCUGUAUGAGCUGUUGUCGGGACGUCGGCCCACGCUGGGACAUCGUCAGCUUCACAUCUCCAAGAAGCUCUCCAAAGGAGUCAGACCGCAUCUAGGAGAGCCGGAGGAGGUGCAGUUCCACUUCCUGCACGGCCUCAUGAUGGAAUGUUGGGACACCAAGCCUGAGAAGCGUCCAAUGGCGUCGCAGUGCGUCAGACGCAUGAUGGAACCGAGCUUCGCCUGCCUUCGCUACGUUUUGCAGAGCGGCAGCCACUCGCAGCUCUUCUUGUCCUCUCUGAAGGGACACGGUGUGGUCUUCUGGGACGGGGAUGGCCAUGAUAGGAACUACAGCGUGCUGAACGUGGAGAAAGGUCAGGUGGAGGUGAAGAGGAUGUCGUGUCCUGGCAGCAGAGUCAGCUGCCAGAUGAAGUUGUCCAACACGCUGUGGGUGGCCACUGAGGAACAGGAAGUGUACAUCUACAUCCUCAAAGACAUGUGUCCACUGCAUCAGCCACAGAAACGUUUGUCCUGUCCCGCCGUCAUUACCUGCUUCUUCCCUGUCCCAGCUGGAGAACAGAAUCCGGAGCAGGUCUUCGCAGGGAUGUCAGACGGCCUGGUGGCUGUCUACAGCGUGCAGGAGGGGCUUCCUGCAGAGGGGGAAGCCUACCUGUGCUCGCACACGCUCAAUAAGACCUCCUUCGGUCUCCUGGACUCUGACCCCAGACAGAGAUCCGUCCCGGUCCGGUGCAUGGUUUUAGUUGGCGGGGGCUCCCAGCUGUGGUUUUCCAACGGGGCCGGUCUCCUGGUGGUCGACCGCGUGACCCUUGACCCUCUGCGGAGGCUGGACCCGUACGCGCCGCCGUCCUCCAUCGUGUCCAUGGCGACUGGCUUCAGCGCGUGGGGGGAAGAGUCGGUGUGGACGCUGGACGACGUCAGCAACACGCUGCUGCUCUUCCACGCCGCCUCCUUCUCGCCGUGCGCCCGCUACUGUUGCGGCGACUGCAAUCCUCUUCGGGACGUCUUCGGUGUGCAGCGUCCGUCGGGCAACAGCGCUCAUACGGAGGCAGUCAAAGAUGAGGAGGAGGCGGAGCCUACAAGCACAGACGCGACGCUGAUUUACAAAGAGGAGGCGGGGAUUCAGCUCAUCCCGCACCACGAUUCGCUGACGGGCCACUCCAUCUCGUCGUCCUGCUCCGUGGACACCUCUGACGUCAGCAUCGCGCCCGCAUCUUUGCAGCAGGAUGGCGGCGGUGACGAGCGGCGGAAAGCUGAAAGGUCUUUUCCGUGUUUGCAAGCCGUCAAGGUCGUGAUGGUGGAGGACCUCCUCUGGGUCUUCAGGCGCAGCGGAGAUGUAAUGCUAAUUGAAGUGCAGCCGAAUAGCGGCGAGCCGAGGGGGCGUGUCAUCGCCGUCCUCAACCCUCCUGGAGGCUCCUCCGCUUUGGGCACGCUGGUGGAGGCGGGGCUUGUGGCGAAGGAGACAGUAGUGUGCGGCUUCCGGAAUGCUGACGCGGUGUGGAGCGUCUGUGCGUGGAGGGCGUGGCACUCCCGCCCGCUGGAUGUCUUUUACCGCACCUCUGAGGAGCUGGGCCGUGUGGAGAGCAGCGUCAGGAGGAGGAGGUAGCCAAUGAGGACGGAGCAGGGGCGGGGCAUGUACACAACUUCAAGUCAACUUCAAGAUGUGGAAAAAAGUGACUGACAGCUUUUUAUUAGAAACAUUUUUUAGAAGUCAAAACAAAAACUGAGUAGACGGAGCCUUUUUUGGAAGAUUGUCCUUUUCCCAUGGACCACUUCUUCUCCUCUGGACUCCGCCUUUCUCUGACCAAGGCUCAGGUCAGGCCCUUCUUGAUUUAUUUAUCAAAUGUUACAAUGUGUGAGAAAGACUGUGCUCAAUAAAGGUUUUUUUACACGU